AACGAUACUGUCUCUACUUUUAGGAGCGAUUCCGUUUAUUAUUUCUUGUGUCAGUGUUUGUGAUCUGACGUUCAGUAGCACGCUGCUAGCCAUUUUCGAGUUAGAUUCUGGACCCAGGGUUAAAGGAAAAACCGUAUAAUCCAUAUACUGAGACUUCUUAAGACGGUGGACUGCGGAGUUCUUUUCUGGCAUUUUGAAUUAGUAAGUAGGCAAGGCCAUUCACUGUGCUUUCCGGAACCAAAAAACUAUUGGAAGACUGCAUUACAAGUUGAGUAAAGUCAGAAGAUUGUCUCCACCGUCGUCGAUAUCAGACUAUAAACCCGGCCGCCUCGGCCUACUUUACAGGUUGCUGACCAAGAAAUAAAGCUCUGUUGUGGCGGGGCACAUUGAAGGAAACUCGGGCUGUUGACAGAUAAAAAACUGGAUUUUUGCAAUGUCUUCAUUUAGCACUUGUGCGAGUACAACAUGAGGACUGAUUGAGACAUUUUGAUUAAAAAUGUUUAAACUGGGACAAAAUCAACUGCGGGACGGAGGCCGAGUACAAUUGCAUACGAAGUCAUUUCGAAUGACGUUUCUUUGGUAAACUGGAGAGAAACUUUCGGCAAAUGGGAGAAAUCAAACGGGCUUGGAUUACAGAUGUUGGACUGCACACCAAAGAGAGUCAACUACAGACCAAUAUCCCUACGGCAGCGCGACGGGUUAUUCUGGACCAAUUCACGCCACCUGGCUUUGUUUGCCUGAGAAACAUAGUUCCGGCUGUUACAGUUCCCAGUUGAUAAUUUCUAAGGGGAUGUGCGCAGACUAUUGAUUAGCAGAGUUAUUACCAUUUUAUGCAGUGUUCAUGUUGCAGAAUAUUCGUGGAGGAAAUAGACAUUCCAUCAUGUGUUAAUUAGCACGGACAGGUAGUUAAUUACAGACCGUCUUCUCUACAAAGUGUUCGUCGUAAGAUACACUUGACGGACCUAACUGCGCAUAAUCAACGGGCGUUGGAUUGUGCUUGUAUAUGAAGUGCGCACUGUUUGAAUUUUUGGAGACACUCUUUAAGUGGUUCCUCAGAACUACUGACCACCCAGGAGGAUAAAACUUACUCAACUGGCGUAUUCCUUUGGAUUUAUGAACAUAACGAUUCUGAUUUGGAUUGAAGGGUAACUUUAUGAAGGAAGAUCAAUACUUUAUUCAAGCCUCCACCUACUGAGCAAGAUGUUCUGAAACGAGUUUGACCGACAAGAAACUAAAAUAAACUUUGGAUUAAAACGGAUACGAUUCAAAAGUAUGGAUUACUUUAAGAACAUGUCGUCAUCAGCAGGAUUCAGAACGAGGCCAAUGACGUUUGUCGUCAUACUGGUGACGUUGUUCGCAUUAAUCAAGGCAGAGGGGGAGGAUAGGGAACUGAAGUUCUUAUUGUGAUAAGCUAGGUUGUGAGCUACAACGCCACUGAGUCGAUUGACGCAGUGAACAGGACAUUGGCUCGCCCACCAGUCGAGAUGGACACAGCGAAGAAAAUCGCGGAGGCGAGAUGUGUUGACGAGAUUUUGAUGAAGCCUUACCCAACGGAUGGGCGGUUGUAUUGCAACCGGACGUGGGAUGGCUGGGGGUGCUGGAACGACACCCCGGCAGGAGAGCUGGCCUACACCGCCUGUCCAAGUUUUAUGGAAGGGUUCGACCCCCGGUUAAAGGCCAAUAAGAUAUGUACUAUAAAUGGUACAUGGUGGAUCCAUCCCAUGACAGGCAAGAGGUGGUCAAACUACACCACGUGUGUAGACAGAUCCGGCAUGCAGACCGACAAAGCUGUCCUAACGGUGUUCAUCGCCGGCUACUCAGCUUCCAUGAUCGCCAUGGUGUUAUCACUCAUCAUCUUCUUCUCAUUCAAACAACUUAACUGUGAUCGAAUAACGCUCCACAAGAAUCUUUUUAUAUCGUACGUGCUAAACGGAUUAUUGUGGAUAUUGUUUUAUACUCUGGUCGCAUAUGACCCCGUGGUCCUGGGGCAAAAUCCGUUGUGGUGUCGAGUGAUGCAUAUCUUUACAUCCUACUUCACUGUCUGUAACUUCUUCUGGAUGUUUAACGAGGGUCUAUACCUCCACACGAUAAUCGUGGUCGCCUUUAGCUCAGGCAAGAAGUUACUCAUCGGAUGCCAUUUGAUCGGCUGGGUGCUGCCUCUCAUCCCCGUCACCAUUUAUACCCUCCUUAGAGGCCUGUCUUCGGACGAGCAUCAAAAGUUAAGUUGUUGGCUGCAUGAGACAGAUCUUCAUUGGAUUAACGCAGGCCCAGUCGUGGCUUCAUUGGUUCUGAACUUCAUUUUUCUGUGCAAUAUCAUUCGUGUAUUAGUGACUAAGUUACGAGCAGUCAAUUCGCCAGACACAAACCAGACCAAGAAAGCAGUGCGAGCUACUAUCAUCCUCGUCCCCCUUCUUGGUCUUCAAUAUAUCAUCAUACCCUUCCGACCAGCACCAGAUUCAACAGAGGAACGAAUUUAUCUUGUUGUAGCUGCUGUACUAGUUUCAUUCCAGGGUCUGUUUGUAGCAAUGAUAUUUUGCUUCUUCAACGGAGAGGUGAUUUCGAUAAUGAAACGCAAAUGGGGUCAACAUCAGUUGAUGCGAGGCCGAAGUAUGGGCAAGGGGGCCCCAUGCACGAUGGUCACCCAAACUCCCAAUGACUACAAAAUGACGGACGGCAGCGGAAAAAAGUCGAUGAAUUGUGAUCCGACUUCGCCAUGUUUGGAAAAUAACAUGAAUGACAAAAACAAAUCGAAAAACAAGCAAAAAUUCUACAGGUUCGGGCGAAAUAAACAACAAAACGAUACCGUCUGUUGUAGUGCUGUAUGACGCAUGCGUGGUGACCUUUGACUUGCACUGUUGAUUACAUCACGCUCAGGUUUUUGUACGAUAUCCUGGAUUACUGCGGUGCUGAAUAAAUACGCGUGUGCACGUGAUAAAUGUGCAUCUCAUUAGCAUAAUUCACCAAACGAUACUUUUAAAACACUAAUUUCGUCAAAAGCGGAUGUGACGUCAAAUUUCUCUGCCAGAAAGAGCAGGAGUGAAUUCGCAUGCCGAAUUGAAUAAUAAAUCCAAAAGUGACCUAAAACUCCAAGCCAUUUGCUUUUGUUGAUAUACAUGUAUGUAAAUAACGUAUUUGAUUUUUCUAUCUAUUGCAUAGACAAUGUUGGCUCAUGAAAAUAGCGGAUACAUUCAAUGUUGGAGUAUAUCGAAUAUGGAAAAAUGUUGUGCUGGUGAGAUAUAGUUUUGAAAGAAAGAAUGACACGAAAUAUUUCAGUUUUACAGGGUCGGAUCAAAUCCCACUGCAAUCCUACCCUGUAAAAACCUCUCCACUCUUUGCAAGAUUCUUGUGGAUUUUGUGCAGCAGUGUAUUCAACGCGGAAGGAUUUACGGUAGAGAACGCCGCGGCCGGAUUUAUCCGACUUCCGUCUAACCGAACUCGGAUAAAUCACGAGUCAAUUUGAAUCCCAACUCGGGCGAGUUCUGCACACCAUAACGCGAUCACGGUAACACAAUCACGCAGAUGGAGGCAGCCUAGUAAACCGCGCGCCUCACUGAGAGACCUCGCGUGAUAUUCGGCUGAUUGAUCACUCCGUUCAAUCAUCAGACGUUGCUAUAUAUAAUGAGAGGCGUAGUUGGGUAGACGGGAAUGGGGCUGAGAUUGAGGUAUUCACUUCCGCCGUACACCGGAAGUAGUACUUUUCCUCAGUGUACGCCCAAAUGUAUUUUGUUCAGGAUGUGACAAGUGUAGUAUUCUCGUCAUAUUCUGUGAUAUGAAAAUGUUCACUGCCCAGUAUCGGAAUUGCGUCUUUGAGCGUCCUACUUGAUAUUCUUGCAUGAGGUUAGAUUUGACGCAUUGUUGACGUAUUAUCUCCAUGGCGACGGUGAUACACUGUGUUUGUUGGUAUAAAAUGUGGAUUUUACUCUAUAUGACGAACGUACCACAAAAUGUAUUUUAUAUGCACAAUUUGUACAUAUUUUGAAGUGCUUGAGACGCGGCACCAGUUUCGUAAAACUGGAUUGAUUUUAAAGUCGCGGUUGUUCGUGAAUUGUUAAAUGUUAAGCAUGAAAUGUUAUCAUUGAAAAUGAUAUGUGCCGCUGUUUUUCUGUUAAGAGACAGUUGACAGUUUUGACAAAUUGUUUAAUGGGGGACUAUGGGUAGCAGUACCUACACCCUCAAAAUAACGAUUUUUGGGCUUUUGAAAAACCUCAAUUCAAAUAUUGCAUGCGCCCUGUUAGGUUUUCAGCGUUAUGACAAGCCAUCUCUAAAACAUUUAGGGGUUUUACACUUGGCCGAGAAACCCCUAAGAAGUCCAUAUUUGUGUGACGGCCAAAAAACAUUUCUAAUUGUUUCUAUAUCGACCAACACAAAGAUCUAAAAAUACUUUUCGAAGAGAGCGGGGAAGCUAAUUCACGUUUUCUAAUUUGGACAAUAGCCAAGUAUAUAGCGAGAAGAGGGGUAGAUUGAGUACAAACGCAUUCAAAAGUAAAGGUUCUGGAAUAAUCGCGUACCUCAGCAACUUAAAGCGGGACUAUAGGCAGGAAUAUGGGGUCACACUAGUUGUCUUUAUGUGACUAAUAUACAAGGUUAAGUGACUGAGUUUUCUUGUCUUUGGCGAUAAAUAAGUUGCAAGUGCGAACAGUUUUGAUGAGAAAGGAAAGACCUCUAUUGACGAUUUCGUGUACUCCUGCCCUUUGGCUGCCGGUUAUAGACUCGAUCCCUUUAAGCUGCGCUUGGAAAUGGAGACAAUUCAUUAUCUUAAGCAUGGUCUAAGUAGCAGACUUUUGCUUGCAAAUAUCAGCAAUAUUUGUGUGUGGUCGUGCGCGUGUUGACCACAAAACGUUUGCACCGGUUUUGUAACGUGAACAUCAAACAGCAACAAACUUGUUUCCAAUUAUUUGCACGCAGCGCACAUUGUAUUUUAACAUGGAAAGCGAAACGACUUUGCAACCAAUGACUAUCUUACCCAAGGAUUACAAUAUCUGUUACACCGUUUUUUGCCGCUUGUAGCCUAGAACAUUUCUGUCACAUUGUAAACAGAUUAGGAAUAAAGUUGAUAUAUAUUCUGAAAUAAUAAAGGCGUUGGUGACUUGUCGACUCCGAAUUGAGAGCUCAUCAGCCUCAAUCACUAUCUCAAAGCUGGCUAUCGCCUGAUAUAUCCCGGUUAUAUGAAUGUCGAGCUGUCUAUUCAGGGCGU